ACUCGCUUAGCUACUCACUCUGCUCAGUGCUCACUAGUCUCUGCUUUGUUAAAGCAAUGUUCUCUCCAAGUUCAUUACUUUCUUUGUGUUCCCUCUACGUUCUUCUGGUUUUAGUAUCAUGUUUCAAUGGAGCAUAUUCUUCUUCUUCUUCUUCAUCCGUUCCCUCUAAGAUUGGCAAAGGGUACCGUUUGAUCUUUGCUGAAGAGACCACCGAUGGUGGCUUCAUAGGCCACCUUGAGGUCAAGGAAAAUAACAACAUUUAUGGCCCUGAUAUUCCUCUCUUGCAACUCUACGUCAAGCAUGAGACUGAAGAUCGUCUGAGGGUGCACAUAACAGAUGCCGAGAAGCAAAGAUGGGAAGUUCCGUACAAUCUUUUACCGAGGGAACAGCCGCCGGCAUUAAAGCACACGGUUGGGAGAUCAAGGAAGAACCCGAUAACCGUCUCGGAGAUUGCCGGGCCGGAGCUCAUAUUCAGCUACACUGCCGACCCUUUUAACUUUGCGGUUAAGAGGAAAUCAAAUGGGCAGACCCUUUUCAAUUCCAGCUCUUAUGGGUCGGACUCGUUUGGAGAAAUGGUGUUUAAAGACCAAUACUUGGAGAUUUCGACUCAGUUGCCUAAAGAUGCCUCACUCUAUGGACUCGGAGAGAACACUCAGCCCCAUGGCAUCAAGCUGUACCCAAACGACCCUUACACAUUGUACACAACCGAUGUGUCGGCUAUUAAUUUGAACACCGAUCUGUACGGAUCCCACCCUGUUUAUAUGGACUUGAGGAAUGUGGGUGGUGAGCCAUAUGCACAUGCUGUUCUCUUGUUGAACAGCAAUGGCAUGGAUGUGUUUUACAGAGGGAAUUCACUGACCUAUAAGGUUAUCGGUGGCGUUUUCGACUUCUAUUUCUUGUCCGGACCGACUCCCCUCGGUGUUGUGGAUCAAUACACCUCCUUCAUCGGCAGGCCAGCUCCCAUGCCUUACUGGUCUCUAGGGUUUCACCAAUGUCGAUGGGGUUAUCAUAACCUCUCUGUUGUCGAAGAUGUUGUUGAGAACUACAAGAAGGCUCAGAUCCCACUGGAUGUGAUCUGGAACGAUGAUGAUCAUAUGGAUGGCCAUAAGGACUUCACCCUCAACCCCGUAAACUACCCUCGUCCGAAGCUUCUUGCAUUCCUGGACAAAAUUCAUAAAAGAGGUAUGAAAUACAUUGUCAUUAUUGAUCCUGGAAUUGGUGUUAAUUCCAGUUAUGGUGUAUACCAAAGAGGGAUUGCCAAUGAUGUAUUUAUCAAGUAUGAUGGUGAGCCUUACUUGGCUCAAGUGUGGCCUGGGGCUGUUAAUUUUCCGGACUUCCUCAACCCAAAAACUGUUGCAUGGUGGGGUGAUGAAAUCCGUCGUUUUCAUGAACUUGUACCUGUUGAUGGGCUCUGGAUCGACAUGAAUGAAGCAUCGAAUUUCUGUUCUGGGAAGUGCACGAUUCCAAAAGGCAAGGUUUGCCCAAGUGGCACUGGCCCUGGUUGGAUCUGUUGCUUAGACUGCAAGAACAUAACAAGUACAAGAUGGGACAAUCCACCAUACAAGAUAAAUGCUUCUGGGUUGCAGGUACCAAUUGGGUUCAAAACGAUUGCCACUAGCGCUGUUCACUACAACGGUGUUCUAGAGUAUGAUGCUCAUAGUCUUUACGGAUUUGCUCAAUCCAUAGCAACUCACAAAGCACUCCAAGGGCUCGAGGGAAAACGGCCAUUUAUAUUGUCACGAUCUACAUACGUUGGUUCAGGAAGGUAUGCUGCUCAUUGGACAGGUGACAAUAAGGGCACUUGGGAAGAUUUGAAGUAUUCUAUAACUACAGUGUUGAAUUUCGGUAUAUUUGGUGUUCCAAUGGUUGGUGCAGAUAUAUGUGGGUUCUAUCCUGCUCCAACCGAAGAGUUGUGUAAUCGUUGGAUCGAAGUCGGUGCAUUUUACCCUUUCUCUCGAGAUCAUGCAAAUUACUAUUCUCCAAGGCAGGAGCUGUAUCAAUGGAAGACUGUCACCAAAUCUGCUCAAAAUGCUCUAGGUAUGAGGUAUAAACUUCUUCCAUACCUCUAUACACUCAACUACAUGGCUCAUACAAGUGGAGCACCAAUAGCCAGACCACUUUUCUUCUCAUUUCCUGCUUACAAGGAAUGCUAUGGGUUGAGCACCCAAUUCUUGCUCGGAAGCAGUCUCAUGGUAUCUCCGGUGCUUGAACAAGGGAAAACAUCGGUUAAAGCACUUUUCCCACCCGGAUCUUGGUACAGUGUCUUCGAUAUGACACAAACCAUUGUGUCAAAGGGACAAUACUUUACACUUGAUGCACCGUUGAAUGUGGUUAAUGUACAUUUGUAUCAGAAUACCAUACUACCAAUGCAACAAGGUGGAAUGAUCUCCAAGGAAGCUAGAAUGACACCAUUUACUCUCAUAGUAGCCUUCCCAAUCGGGGCUAGCGAAGCACAAGCCAAAGGCAACCUUUAUCUAGACAAUGACGAGCUCCCUGAAAUGAAACUCGGGAACGGGUAUUCGACAUACGUCGAUUUAUACGCUACGGUGAAGGAGGGAUCGGUGAAGAUCUGGUCAGAGGUUCAUGAGGGUAAGUUUGCUUUAGACAAAGGUUGGAAAAAGAAAGUAACUGUAUUGGGAUUGGGUGGAAGUGUAGACGCAUCCAGUCUCGAAAUCAAUGGAAGUCCAGUAGCUAAUGGUGCGCCGAACAUUGAGUUGGGCUCAGUGGAACAGAUGCGUUUGCAAGCUGAUGUUGAAGAUGAACAAGGAGAGAAGAAGCCUUUAAUGGUGGAAAUUUCGGGUUUGAACUUGUACGUUGGAAAGAACUUUGAAAUGUCCAUGAAAAUGGGGACACAAGGUUGAUGAUUAGGAUGUUCUCUAUAUUGUGUGCCAUUUAUUCUCACUUUCGGGGGGUUUUUAUCCCUUCCAUUUUCAUUUCCUGCUGUUCUUAAUUGGGUGCAUGGCGAAAUGAUGAUGAUUUCAUGUUCAUCCUUUUCCAUGUAACCAAACAAAUUUGAGGUUUAAAUCUUCAUUGUAUGCUCCUUAGGGUGUUGUGGAUGUUAUGGUUUA